CCGGAGCCUUCCGGCUUACCCUGUGCCCGCCCGCCGCCCCGCGGACAGCCCCGCCGGCUCGCCCAGGAGCCGCGCGCGCCUCCCAGGUCGGGCAUGCCCCGCUACGAGCUGGCUUUGAUCCUGAAAGCCAUGCAGCGGGGUUGGUACAGUAGGCUUCACUAGACUUAGCGGCAACUCAGAAUUUCUCCUCCAGCACCUGAGUAAAUGCUGAUGGUCUUGUGGAGAGUGGAGUAAGAGUACGAGCUAAGUUCUCGAGCCCCAUUAAGAAGCGGAGGAAAAUUUAAAACUGAACUCCUUCAGAGUUUAUCACAACCACCACCAUCAAGACAGCAAACCAAAGGACAAAGACUUUGACCUGCUGUGUUGGCUCUGUGUAGCUCAGUCCCCUACGCGUCCCAGCCUGGGCUGGGGUGACGAAUGAGUAACUAAAGUCGGACUCUUCUGUCACUGGACGCUCGUGUGCAGAGUCACCAAGCAUGAGGGCUGUCCUGGAGACAGCAGACAUUGCCAUAGUGGCCCUGUACUUCAUCCUGGUCAUGGGCAUUGGUUUCUUUGCCAUGUGGAAAUCUAAUAGGAGCACCGUGAGCGGCUACUUCCUGGCGGGGCGCUCGAUGACCUGGGUGGCGAUCGGUGCCUCUCUGUUUGUGAGCAAUAUUGGGAGUGAGCACUUCAUUGGGCUGGCUGGAUCUGGAGCGGCCAGCGGAUUCGCGGUGGGCGCCUGGGAGUUCAAUGCCUUGCUACUCUUGCAACUCCUGGGCUGGGUCUUCAUCCCCAUUUACAUCCGGUCGGGCGUCUACACCAUGCCCGAAUACUUGUCCAAGCGAUUCGGUGGCCAUAGAAUUCAGGUCUAUUUCACGGCCUUGUCCCUGAUUCUCUAUAUCUUCACCAAGCUCUCCGUGGACCUGUACUCGGGGGCCCUCUUUAUCCAGGAGUCUCUGGGUUGGAACCUGUACGUGUCCGUCAUCCUGCUCAUUGGGAUGACCGCCCUGCUGACGGUCACUGGUGGCCUGGUGGCCGUCAUCUACACGGACACGCUGCAGGCCCUGCUCAUGAUCAUCGGGGCGCUCACGCUGAUGGUCAUCAGCAUGAUGGAGGUCGGCGGGUUUGAGGAAGUGAAGAGGCGCUACAUGCUGGCCUCCCCCAACGUCACGCGCAUCUUGCUGGCGUACAACCUCUCCAACACCAACUCCUGCAAUGUGCACCCCAAGAAGGAUGCGCUGAAGAUGCUGCGUGACCCCACCGAUGAGGACGUGCCCUGGCCCGGCUUUGUGCUGGGCCAGACCCCGGCAUCCGUGUGGUACUGGUGCGCCGACCAGGUCAUCGUGCAGCGGGUGCUGGCAGCCAAGAACAUUGCCCACGCCAAGGGCUCCACGCUCAUGGCCGGCUUCCUGAAGCUGCUGCCCAUGUUCAUCAUUGUCGUCCCGGGCAUGAUCUCCAGGAUCCUGUUCACGGACGACUUGGCCUGCAUCAACCCCGAGCACUGCGUGCAGGUGUGCGGCAGCCGGGCAGGCUGCUCCAAUAUCGCCUACCCGCGCCUGGUGAUGAAACUGGUGCCCGUGGGCCUGCGGGGGCUGAUGAUGGCCGUGAUGAUUGCUGCCCUGAUGAGCGACCUGGACUCCAUCUUCAACAGCGCCAGCACCAUCUUCACCCUCGACGUGUACAAGCUGGUGCGCAAGAGCGCCAGCUCCCGGGAGCUCAUGAUCGUGGGCCGCAUCUUCGUGGUCUUCAUGGUGGUCAUCAGCAUUGCCUGGGUGCCCAUCAUUGUGGAGAUGCAGGGUGGCCAGAUGUACCUGUACAUCCAGGAGGUGGCUGAUUACCUGACGCCCCCCGUGGCCGCCCUCUUCCUGCUGGCCAUCUUCUGGAAGCGCUGCAAUGAGCAGGGGGCCUUCUACGGGGGCAUGGCGGGCUUUGUGCUCGGGGCCGUGCGCCUGACACUGGCCUUCAUCUACCGGGCCCCUGAGUGCGACCAGCCCGACGACCGGCCCGCCUUCAUCAAGGACGUCCACUACAUGUACGUGGCCACGGCCCUCUUCUGGGUCACGGGCCUCAUCACGGUGAUCGUCAGCCUGCUCACGCCACCCCCCACCAAGGAGCAGACGCGCACCACCACCUUCUGGUCCAGGAAGGGUGCGGCGGCCACCAAGGAGAGCCGUGCCGUCCAAGACGAGCCCUAUAAGAUGCAGGAGAAGAGCAUCCUCCGGGGUGGAGAGGUGGGCGGCGAGGCCGGCAGCCCCACUAUGCCCAACGGCAAGUCGGAGGAGAGCCUCAAGGGCCUGCAGCCUGAGGAUGUGAACCUCCUGGUGGCCUGCCGGGAGGAAGGCAACCCCGCGGCUGCCGCGGCCGCAGCGUCCGCUGGCCACUCGGAGGCCGAGACGCCCGUGGACGCCUACUCCAACGGGCAGGCAGCGCUCAUGGGAGAGAAGGAGAGGAAGAAGGAGCCCGAGCAGGGCAGCCGCUACUGGAAGUUCAUAGACUGGUUCUGUGGCUUUAAGAGUAAGAGCAUGAGCAAGAGGAGCCUGAGGGACCUGAUGGAUGAGGAGGCGGCCUGUUUACAGAUGCUGGAGGAGCCCCCGACCGUCAGACUGGUCCUGAACGUGGGGCUCUUCGCCGUGUGCUCCCUGGGCAUCUUCAUGUUCGUGUAUUUCUCCCUUUGAGCUCUGGACAACUGAGGCCCUAACUUAAAGAUGGACUGGUCUUUGGAACACAGCGACAACAAACUUCUCUGACUGUUGCAUCUCUCAGGCAUUGUUUACGCUGUA